AUGAAACGAAAGAGAAGAGAGCGCAAUGUCCACUUGGACGAACUAAAAUUCAUCUCUAGUGUCUGGAAUAUGAUUUUCAUACCGAAAUGGUGGAUUUCAGUGGCUUUUUUGGCAGGUCUCCUCCCGGAGCAGUGUUGUGGAGUUCAUGUGUUAGUAAGAGAUGAGAAGAAGUACGCCAUGCUGUUUCAGUCGGUGGUGUUGCCCUGCAAUUUCAACAGCGUGUCCACCCAAACACCCAUAGUGCAGUGGGUCUACAAGUCGUAUUGCCGGGACCGCACCCGGGAUUCUUUUGGCUUCUCCGAAAGCCUGAGCGCUGGCUUGGGAGGAGCGGGGUUGUUGGGAGGAGGAGGUCACGAGAAUGGGAAGAAAGCGAGUUACCUGGACUGCUCUGACAGCAGUCGUACGGUGCGCACAGUGGCCUCCGUUUCGGGAUCUUCCAUCACGCUGUCUGAGUACUACAAGAACAGAGAUGUUUCCAUCAUCAACAAGGCAGACCUGCGCAUCGCAGAGGUCCAGUGGGGGGAUAGUGGAGUGUACACAUGCAAAGUGAUAAUAGCUGAUGAUGUGGUGGGACAGAAUGAAGCCUCAGUGGAGCUCCUGGUGCUGGGAUUCUCAGGGCUGCCUGAAGAUCUGCUUCCUGGUUUUGAAUUGAAGAUUAUGCCAGAGUGGGUGUUUGUGGCAGCCGUAGCACUGGGCAGCAUCUUAUUCCUCCUUUUGGUCGGCGUGUGUUGGUGUCAGUGUUGUCCGCAUUCCUGUUGCUGCUACGUGAGCUGCUGCUGCUGCCCGGACACAUGCUGCUGCCCAAAACAUCUGUAUGACGCUGGUAAGGGGAUUAAGACUGGGACGUCCACCCUUCAGACUCCUGCGUACCCACCUUACUUUGUUGCUGGUGUCCCGGCAAUGGUGCCCAUUGCGCCCCCUUCCCUGGUGGAAAAGAUGUCAUCUCUCCCCACGUCGGACGGUAGUCUGCUCACAGGAGUUCCAAUGCAUGCUGUAGGAGCCCCCUACUGCUUGCCCCCACCUCAGGACAAGGAUUCUCUCAGGGUUCUGCAGUAUGUAGAAAACCAACUGGCUCACUUCAAUCCUGCCAGAUCCAACAGCCACCAGUCCUGUGCCAUGUCCGAGCUGAGUUCUCUCCACGAGGGCGAACCCGCUUUUCGCCAAACAUUUCGUAAUGUCCAGAAAAAAGCACUUCCUCCCAUCCCGGAUGACCACCCCCAACCCGAACCGCGCAGAUACCGGGAAAACCUCAGCCCAGAGCCGCAGCGGUUCCGUGACAAUGGUCCUUCAUCGCCCCAGCGGUAUCGUGAGGACGCUGAUUCAGAACCGCGUCGCUGUGUGGAAGAACCUCAUAAACCACGUCGCUACAGUGAUGACGCUCCUCCGUCUUCUCAGUCUCGUGGGCACGUUCGUGAUGCUCGGCAGCUGAACCACACUGAGGAGAACCGUCCCAGAUGGAACCCGCUAUCAGAGCAUCUGGAAAGAAAAACCUACCACUCAGCAGGACGGACCGGCUCGCUGGAUGAGCUGGAAGAGUUUGCUGCAACCUACAGGCAAAGAGGACGCAGACAUGUGGAAAAAAGGGACAACGGCGACGAUGAGACGAACUUCCAGGUGUUCGGCCGGUCUUCGUACCGGCGCGCUCCGCCACAGCACCUCUACGAUGAUCGCAAUGAUCUCGGAGACUGCAGCGACCACGAAGAACGAUCCAGAAGAAAAAAAAAUGACCAUGACAUAAGCCCGCUCCCAUCACCCAAAAAGAGGCGAGGCACCUGGGGCAACGAGCAUUCUACUUCACCCCCUCCCACAGCGAGCCCGCCCUCGACUUCUUCUCAAGAGAAAGACUAUGACAGCACAUUCCUCAACAGCCUGUUAGAACGUAAAGCAAAGUUACGAGGUGUCAAAAGUGGCGCCCGGGGAGAGGACGAUUCGGACACACCCUCAAAGGGAAGCUCAAAGAAGAGCAGUGGGCAGUCUAGCCGGCGCUCUUGCAAAUCGCCUAGCAACAGGCCCGAAGCUGAUUCACUGGGCCUGCACUCGGAUACGGAGCUAAGCAGGAAUGAGAGGCCUUCCCCACGGCCGAUACCGACACACGCUCGCCCGCCUCUACCACCUGGUCCUUCGCCGCUCAGUCGAAGAGGGGAGACCAGAGAAAAGGCUCGGAAAGUGCAGGGGACACUUCUAAGCCGCGAUUCUCUCGUCGUGUGA